AUGGCAAAAUUAUGGCAAGAAAUAACAAGAAUAUCAACAAGAGUUUUAUACAAAACUAAAUUUAAGGGUGUUGGGGUCCAUCGGGCCGAGAACCUCGAUACAUAUUGGCAAGAAUUCCAUCGAGGGGAGGGCGUUCCCAUAUUUUUUCAUUUUAUGUAUGUAUGUAUUUAUGUAUGUAUGUAUGUAAAGUCUACAAUUGAAAGUGAUUCGGAAUGUGACAAUUUUGUUUUAGUUAAGCGCAAAAAAAGAAACAAUCAUCCGAAUCGUAAUGACAAUUCUAAUUCUGUGCCGAGGGUAGUUGUAGGCUCUCGUGCACCAACGAAAUCGAAGAUUACGGCAAAUAAAGUAGUUUUUCAAAAGAGAAUAUUUCAUAUCGGCAACGUGACAAAAUGUGUAGCGUCAGAUGUAGUUGAUCAUCUCAGGUUAAGUCAGGUGGAAGUAGUUUCAUGUUUCCCUGCGUUCAAAAAAGACAAAAAUGGUGUCAAGCCAGAUGAUUCGCAGCCCUCCACUUCCUUUCGACUCUGUGUGGAUGCCAAGUACUCGGAUAUGAUUAACAAGGAAUGUACCUGGUCUGAACAUGUGCGAGUUAGAGACUAG